UAAAAAAGAAAAGCAAUUGGCAGGUACAAGAAAGAGGGAAUGAGUGAGAAUCAUGUGAAGUGCCGCCACUCUUUCUCUCUCUCCAUCAGUGGCUGGGUCAAUCAAAAGCUUUAAUCUUUUACAAUCCAACAAAACACCCACUUCUGUUUCCCUUUUGGUUAAGCUAUUCUCAGAGUUUCUUCUUCUUUGUGUUUCUUCCAAUGGCUGCUAUUGCCCCAAGAUUCAUCAAGUGUGUGACCGUUGGGGACGGAGCUGUAGGGAAGACCUGCAUGCUCAUUUGCUACACCAGCAACAAAUUCCCCACGGACUAUAUUCCCACUGUGUUUGACAAUUUCAGUGCCAAUGUAGUUGUUGAAGGCGUAACUGUCAAUUUAGGCCUUUGGGAUACAGCUGGGCAAGAGGAUUACAACAGGCUGAGGCCAUUGAGCUACAGGGGGGCAGAUGUCUUUGUCUUGGCUUUUUCUUUAGUUAGUCGAGCAAGCUAUGAGAAUGUGCUGAAGAAGUGGAUCCCUGAACUCCAGCAUUUUGCCCCUGGCAUCCCAUUGGUAUUGGUUGGUACCAAAUUGGAUCUCCGAGAAGACAAGCACUAUAUGGCUGAUCAUCCAGGUUUGAUGCCCGUGACUACUGAGCAAGGUGAGGAACUCCGUAAACAGAUUGGAGCAACUUAUUAUAUCGAGUGCAGCUCAAAAACUCAGCAGAAUGUGAAGGGGGUUUUUGAUGCUGCAAUAAGAAUGGUGAUCAAGCCUCCACAAAAGCAAAACGAGAAGAGGAAGAAAAAACCACGAGGCUGUUUCCUAAACGUGUUGUGUGGAAGGAACAUUGUUCGUCUUAAAUGAAAGACUACAUUAGCAUUUCGUCCAAAGGUAGGUUUUAAUGUUAUGAAACAGUUGCACCGUAUAAGCAUGUAAAGAAAGCACAAAGAAGUUUGUUGGCUAGCUACCAUUUAUUUAAAUUAUUUUAUUUGAAUUUGAUCUAGUUUCAGUGUAUAUAUAUAUAUAUAUAUAUGAUAUGAGGUGUCAUUAUCUGAUAUUCAAACUAAACUAGCUUUUCAAAUUAUUACUAAUUAAAGCGUGCUGAAUUGUUGUAUUGUUCAUAAUCUCUAUAUAAAAGGACUCGUUGGGUGGUUCAUUAUUCAGAAUAGACCAAUAUCAGCAACUAUUUGAAAAACCUAUGCUUUUAUUGUACUUAUUUCUCAAAUGAUAUGACGUUUGAUCCCACCAUCCCUCUCCCUUCACCUUCU